GACAAACUUUGUCACUUAAAAAAUCCAAGAUUUCUUGGAAAAAUCAAAACUUUUCAUAUUGAUCCAUUGAACUCAAUAAUUAAUAACUUAUUGAGUUAAAUAUGUUGAACAGACUGUACCGAACUGGCAUGGAGGAAAAAUGUUGGGUAGUCUAUGCUCUCACUCAAACUCCUUGACAGAGACAACUUGGCUUACGAUUUAAAGCUAACACUAUAAUCUGUGCUAAUCAAAGAUAAAAAUAAAGAUGUAAUAUUUCUGGUGCUAAUAGCGUAGUUUCGGUAAAACCAGUGCAUCUGUGGGAUUCUAUACCAUAGAUAGACAAACUAUUCUCUCUUUGUAGUAAUGGCUCAAGUUACCAGGGAAAGAGUUCCUCUGUUUUUUAUGGAAUUAUUAGAAAUAGAUAAAAAAGUUACAAAAUGUAUUGUAGAGAAGGGAAAUAAUUUACUAGUGUUCCGUUCAAUGAGACUUCAGUAUAGAGCACUGGAGGUAUCCUGUCAUGGUAUUCCAUGGUUAGCUUUCUGGAUAGCUUUCACUUGGUUGUUCAAUGAUUCAUCACUAAUACAACUACAGGUUAACAUGUUGUUAGGACUUCUACUUGAUAUUAUCGUGGUUGCUGUUUGUAAAGCGUAUUUCCGUAGAAGACGGCCAUCCACGAACCAAGACGAUGCUUUAGGACAAAUGGGACCAGAUGUAUUCAGCUUUCCAUCAGGACAUUGCAGUAGGGCAGUUUUAGUUUUAUUCUUUUUCACAAGAUUAUGGCCUGUUCCUAUGAUAUUUGUACCACCAAUGUUAGCUUGGGUUUUUAGUAUAUGCGCCAGUAGAAUUUUAAUGCAGAGACAUUACUUACUGGAUAUUGUGGGGGGUAUUUUGUUGGGAUUGUUAGAAGGUGGUGUAAUGGAUUUUUUGUGGCUUAGUGAGGACAGCGCCAAAUAUGUGAUGUCAUACUUAUCAGACGAAAAAAUUGAUGGAGGAGACUAUCAUGUAUGAAACUGUGUAUUUUUUCCUUUGUAUGUUUCAUCGACCUCCCAUCGCUGUGCUUCUGUCUCUUUAGGUCUUCAAAAUGGGUUCAACAUUUUGUAUCAUCUUGUAACUAACUAACUGUAAGAUGAUGUACCCCUGUAUUAAAUAAUAUUCAGAGUA